GGGAGAGGAGGGCGAGCCAGUGAGAGUGAGAGCCGGGAGCCGCAUGGAGCCGUCGGCGGACAGGCUGGCCACGGCCGCGGCCCGGGGUCGGGCGGAGGAGGUGCGGGCGCUGCUCGAGGCGGGGGCGCCGCCCGACGCUCCGAACCGCCACGGUCGGACCCCGAUCCAGGUCAUGAUGAUGGGCAGCGCCCGCGUGGCCGAGCUGCUGCUGCUCCACGGCGCGGAGCCCAACUGCGCGGACCCGGCUACCCUCACCCGACCGGUGCACGACGCCGCCCGGGAGGGCUUCUUGGACACGCUGGUGGCGCUGCACCGGGCCGGGGCGCGGCUGGACGUGCGCGACGCCUGGGACCGCCUGCCCGUGGACCUGGCUGAGGAGCUGGGCCAUCGCGACGUCGCGCGGUACCUGCAGGCGGCUGCCGGGGACACCGGAGGCGGCAGCCACGCCCGCUCUGACGCCGCGGAGGAUCCCUCAGAGAUCCUCGACUUAAAAAAUAAUUGAGACCCUCAGAGACUUCGAGAAACAGCGUCAAUCAUCGAAGAUCCUAGAGGGCCAUAUCACCCAAUUCUUCCCCUUUUUCUUCUUUACAAUAUAUCACUUUCUGAAAAUAUCGAAGAUCCUUUAUACCUGAAUCUGGCUUCUCUCCCCCCCCCCCCCAAAUUUCCAUUUGUAUUCUCAUGUAUCA